GUUUUUUUUCCCCCUUUGGAGAGAAGGGGGGAACUAGCACCCACUUUUUCCCCUCCUCUUUCCUGCUCCGACUUUUGAUUUCCUCGUCGGCUCCGGGCUGGACCUUCCCGGACCACCGCCCCCCCAAGUCACACCUCGGCAGGGGGCUCGGGUGGUCCAGGCUCCCCGCCUCCGACGGGGGGGAAAUCGAGGCAGGAGGGUCCCGCCCGGCCACCCCGAGGUCCGGGCCGGUCCUUUUCUCGCUGCCCUUUUGUCGUCCCUCCCCUCUGCCCCCGCCCGGGCUCUCGCAUGAAUCUCCUGGACCCCUUCGUGAAGAUGACCGAGGAGCAGGAGAAGGGCAUGUCCGCGGCCCCCAGCCCCACCAUGUCGGAGGACUCGGCCGGCUCCCCCUGCCCGUCCGGCUCGGGCUCGGACACGGAGAACACCAGGCCCCAGGACAACACCUUCUCCAAGGGCGAGCCCGACCUGAAGAAGGAGAGCGAGGAGGACAAGUUCCCCGUGUGCAUCCGGGAGGCGGUCAGCCAGGUGCUCAAGGGCUACGACUGGACCCUGGUGCCCAUGCCCGUCAGGGUCAACGGCUCCAGCAAGAACAAGCCGCACGUCAAGCGGCCCAUGAACGCCUUCAUGGUGUGGGCCCAGGCGGCGCGCAGAAAGCUGGCAGACCAGUACCCGCACCUGCAUAACGCCGAGCUCAGCAAGACGCUGGGCAAGCUCUGGAGGCUGCUGAACGAGAGUGAAAAGCGACCCUUCGUGGAGGAGGCGGAGAGGCUGAGAGUGCAGCACAAGAAAGACCAUCCCGACUACAAGUACCAGCCCCGCAGGAGGAAAUCGGUCAAAAACGGACAGGCUGAGCCAGAGGACGGCGCCGAGCAGACCCACAUCUCGCCCAACGCCAUCUUCAAAGCGCUCCAGGCCGACUCCCCCCACUCCUCCUCCGGCAUGAGUGAGGUCCACUCCCCCGGGGAGCACUCGGGACAGUCCCAGGGCCCACCCACUCCCCCGACCACCCCCAAAACCGACGUCCAGCCGGGCAAGGCCGACCUGAAGCGAGAAGGGCGCCCCCUUCAGGAGGGGGGCAGGCAGCCCCCCAUCGACUUCCGAGACGUGGAUAUCGGGGAGCUGAGCAGCGACGUCAUCUCCAACAUCGAGACCUUCGACGUCAACGAGUUCGACCAGUACCUCCCCCCGAACGGUCAUCCCGGGGUCCCCGCCGCCCACGGCCAACCGGGCCAGGUGACCUACACGGGCGGCUACGGCAUCGGCGGCUCGGCCCCUCCGGCCAGUUCGGGCCACGUGUGGUUGUCCAAGCAGCAGCCGCAGCCGCAACCGCAGCCGCAACCGCAGCAGUCCCCGCAACAGCAGCAGCAGCAACAACAGCAGCCGCCGUCUCAGCAGGCCCAGCACCCUACACUGACCACGCUGAGCAGCGAGCAGGGACAAGCUCAACAGCGAACACACAUCAAGACGGAACAACUGAGCCCCAGUCACUACAGCGAGCAGCAACAGCACUCUCCCCAGCAGAUCAACUACAGUCCCUUCAACCUUCCCCACUACAGUCCCUCGUAUCCCACCAUCACCCGCUCCCAAUACGACUACACAGACCACCAGAGCUCCAACUCGUACUACAGUCACGCGGCGGGACAGGGUUCCGGGCUCUAUUCCACAUUCACCUACAUGAACACCUCUCAGCGGCCCAUGUACACCCCCAUUGCGGACACAGCCGGUGUCCCCUCCAUCCCCCAAGCCUCCAGUCCUCACUGGGAUCAGCCCGUGUACACGCAGCUCACCAGGCCCUAAGCCCGGGGGCGGGAAACACAAAACAGAACAAAAAUCACCAGGCGGAACAGGCGAACGUAUUCCGGGACACUGAUUUUCUUUCUAAAAGACACUGAAGUGAAAGGCGACGAGAGAACCCGACAGAAGGAAGUAGAAAACCAAGACGCUUCUCUACUGCACUACCGCCAUCUUCAGACUAGUGACCCAGACUUCUCAGCUGAGGACCAACAAGACUCCUCGCAUCGGACAUUCCGGAACGGGACUUAAAAAAUCUCGCCGAGGCAAGCACGGACGUUGGAGGGAAUCGCGAGCCAACCAGUUCAGCCUUGGCCUGCGUUCGGACUUCCUUUUUUUUUUUGUUUGUUUUUUAGCUGUAAUGAAAGAAAAAAAGUCCUCUGUGAGGAGUAUUCUCUAUUUUAAAUAUUUUUAGUAUGUACUGUGUAUGAUUCGUUACCGUUUUGAGGGGAUUUAUACAUAUUUUUUAGAGAAUUUUUUUGAAAAAAUGCUCUUAUUUUUCCAGCAGCUAAAUUCCUCUUAGUGAAGCAGAACUCCCUAGCUUUUCUCACAGCCAGAGGUAUUUUUGUAUAGAUAAGUGUCUUUUCUUAAUUCUCUUGUGUGCAUUUGUGUGCAUUAACUCCAACAAAAUCCCUCUUAAGCAAUCAGUGUUGGGUUUAGCUUUGCAAUUCUGCAAUUGAUGGGAUUCAAGGUGAGGUUGCCUCGAAAGCAAAAAGCAAAAAAAGAGAAAAGAAAAAAAGCCUUAUUUUUCUAACAUGGAAUUAAAUACCAGAGCCAGGAGGAUCCUGGGGUAAGUUGAUCAAAUAUCUCUAUUUUUUUAAAAGAAAAACACCUCGAGCCUUAAAGCAGUGCUGCUGAAAAAUCAUGGAAUCGGUCUGUGGGUCGGGUCAAGAAGUUUUCUGCCACUAUUGCCUUGGUUGAUCCAAAAGCGGGGAAGAGCUUAUGCAGUUCCAGAACCCGGGGAUGAGUUGAAACUUCCACCAUCCACAGGAAACCAGAAUGCUAAUUGACAGAACUACUCAGCUCCCCAUUCCAAGGCCACAUGCAAGGCAGAUGCUUAGAGGCAUCUCAAACUAUUUUCUUCUAAAUCCCCAAGCGCAAACACUCAAUACACCUUUGAGACAUCCAACAUGCUGAAGUUAUUUAUUUUGUAAGAAAAGAGGAUUUAAUCAGAUUUUCCUUUUAGAAAAAAAAAAAAAAGGAUCUCCCUCCUAUUUAGGUUCUUUAAAAUUAGUAGUUGUUCCUCCAAGGGGAUGGUUGCCUGUUAUUAAAUUAUGGUCUGAACUGUAACCAGUUUUUUUUUUUAUUUAUCUCUUUAUUCUUUUUUUAUUAUUAAAAACAAGUUUCUUUGGAAUCUGUGUCUAGGUUUGUACAAAUGUGUCCUAUUCCUUUUUUUUUUGGAUGUUUAAAAUAAACUGGAAAAGUUUUUCUUUUUGUAUAAACGAGAGUUUGCAAAUGUAGUGUGUCACUGAGUCAUUUGCAUUGUGUUUUUGGUCACAGCUCUUUGGACGCCCAAUUAGGUAUGCCUGCGUGAGUGGGGGUGUGUGCUUGUUUAUGUGGGAGUGUGUAUGUGACACAAAAUAAAACUGUGUGUCAGCUUAAUAUCCCCCUAUGUCUUUUUCUUUUUUUUUUGGAGGGGGUGAGGGAAUUGACAGACUGACAAACUUACUUUAAUAUUGCUGUGGCUCAACAGUUGAGGUUGCUUUUUAAAAAAGACAGCAAACUUUUUUUAUUUAAAAAAAUGAUAUAUUAACAGUUUUAGGAUUCAGUAGAACAAAAUCUUAAAGCACUCUUAUAAUAUGGCAUCUUUCCAUUUCUGUAUAAAAGCAGAUCUUUUUAAAGUAUUUCUGUAACUUAAAGACCUGACAUUUAAAUCAUAUUUUGACUUUAGGUAAGUUUGGUUUGUGUUUUUUGUUUUUUUUUUUUCCUUUUUUUUCCAAACCCCUUGUUCUCUUUGUGAAACUUACCUUUUUUUGUAUAUUAUUGUUUGCAAUAAAUAUACAUUGUAUUAAAAGUA